GGUUCUGGUUUCUCUCUCAGACUGACUGAAGUCCAGAAGAUGGAAGAUUGGGAUCUAAAGGAGGACAGAGCAGAACCUCCAAGAUCCAGUUGCCCUCCUAUGAGGAGUGACUGGUCCAAAGGAGGAAUACCUCCAGACUUCAGAGGUCAGAACCCCAGACAGAGAGCAGAACCUCCAGGAUCCAGCUGUCCGUCUAUGAGGAGUGACCUGUCCAAAGAAUGGAACCCUCCAGACUUCGGUGCAGAACCUAAACCCUCAGACUCAGAAGUGAACCAGCAGAACUAUGAGGUCCCCAGUGAUCCAUCUGCCCAGCAGCAUCAAACCCAGCUGGAUUCCAUAUUUAUGCUGCUGGAGGAAAACAUUAUUAGUUUUGUGAAGAAGGAGCUGAAGAACAUCCAGAAAGUUCUGAGAGCAGAAGAUCCAGAAGGCUUGGAGAGUCAGUGGGAGGAUGAGGUGUUGGAAGAUAAGAAUGAAGAGCAGAGGAGGAGCAGAGAGGCUUUUGUGAAGAUCACUCUGAACUUCCUGAGGAGGAUGAAGCAGGAGGAGCUGGCUGAACGUCUGCAGAGCAAGGUUAUUGCCUCAGUUUGUCAACAUAACCUUAAAUCCAAUCUGAAGAAGAGGUUCCAGUCUGUGUUUGAGGGGAUCGCUAAAGCAGGAAGUCCAACCCUUCUGAACCAGAUCUACACAGAGCUCUACAUCACAGAGGGAGGGACUGGGGGGGUCAAUGAUGAACAUGAGGUCAGACAGAUUGAAACAGCAUCCAGGAAACCACACAGACCAGAAAGAACAAUCAGCCAAGAAGACAUCUUUAAAGUUCCACCUGGAAGAGAUCAACCAAUCAGAACAGUGAUGACUAAGGGAGUGGCUGGAAUUGGGAAAACAGUCUUAACACAGAAGUUCACUCUGGACUGGGCUGAAGGCAAAGCCCACCAGAACAUCCAGUUCAUAUUUCCAUUCACCUUCAGAGAGCUGAAUGUGCUGAAAGAGAAAAAGUUCAGCUUGGUGGAACUUGUUCAUCACUUCUUCACUGAAACCAAAAGAAUCUUUAGCUUUGAUCACUUCCAGGUUCUGUUCAUCUUUGAUGGUCUGGAUGAGAGUCGACUUCCUCUGGACUUCCAGAACAACGAGAACCUGACUGAUGUUACAGAGUCCACCUCAGUGGAUGUUCUGCUGACAAACCUCAUCAGGGGGAAACUGCUUCCCUCUGCUCUCCUCUGGAUAACCACACGGCCUGCAGCAGCCAAUCAGAUCCCUCCUGAGUGUGUUGGCAUGGUGACAGAGGUCAGAGGGUUCAAUGAUCCACAGAAGGAGGAGUACUUCAGGAAGAGGUUCAGAGAUGAGGAGACGGCCAGCAGGAUCAUCUCCCACAUCAAUAGAUCUAGAAGCAUCCAGAUAAUGUGCCACGUUCCAGUCUUCUGCUGGAUCACUGCUACGGUUCUGGAGGAUGUGUUGGAGACCAGAGAGGGAGGAGAGCUGCCCAGCACCCUGACUGAGAUGUACAUCCACUUCCUGGUGGUUCAGACCAAAGUGAAGAAGGUCAAGUAUGAUGGAGGAGCUGAAACAGAUCCUCACUGGAGUCUAGAGAGCAGGAAGAUGAUUGAGUCUCUGGGAAAACUGGCUUUUGAUCAGCUGCAGAAAGGAAACCUGAUCUUCUAUGAAUCAGACCUGACAGAGUGUGGCAUCGAUAUCAGAGCAGCCUCAGUUUACUCUGGAGUGUUCACACAGAUCUUUAAAGAGGAGAGAGGACUGUACCAGAACCAGGACAAGGUGUUCUGCUUCGUCCAUCUGAGUGUUCAGGAGUUUCUGGCUGCUCUUCAUUCCCAUCAGACCUUCAUCACUUAUGGAAUCAACCUGAUGGAAGAAGAACAAAAAAAGACUUCCUUUUUAUUUAAAUUAUCUAAGACAGUAAAACUAAGAACUCUCUAUCAGAGUGCUGUGGACAAGGCCUUACAGAGUCCAAAUGGACACCUGGACUUGUUCCUCCGCUUCCUCCUGGGUCUUUCACUGCAGACCAAUCAGACUCUCCUACAAGGUCUGAUGAUAAAGACAGGAAGUAGCUCACUGACCAAUCAGGAAACGGUUCAGUACAUCAAGGAGAAGAUCAAUGAGAAUCUGUCUGUAGAGAAAAGCAUCAACCUGUUCCACUGUCUGAAUGAAAUGAAUGAUCGUUCUCUCAUCCAGGAAAUCAAACAGUAUCUAGGAUCAGGAAGUCUCUCCACAAAUGAACUGUCUCCUGCUCAGUGGUCAGCUCUGGCCUUCAUCUUAGUGACAUCAGGAGAAAAUCUGGAUGUGUUUGAUUUGAAGAAAUACUCUGCUUCAGAGGAAGCUCUCCUCAGGCUGCUGCCAGUGGUCAAAGCAUCAAACAAAGCUCUACUGAAUCGCUGUAACCUCUCAGAGAGAAGCUGUGAAGUCCUGUCCUCAGUUCUCAGCUCCCAGUCCUCUAAUCUGAGAGAGAUGGACCUGAGUAACAACAAGCUGCAGGAUUCUGGAGUGGAGCUGCUGUAUUCUGGACUGAUGAGUUCAAACUGCAAACUGGAAAUUCUCAGACUUAGAUCCUGUAACCUCUCAGGGAGAACUUGUGAAGUUUUGUCAUCAGUUCUGAGGUCCAAGUCCUGCUGUCUGAGAGAGGUUGACCUGCAGAAAAACAACCUCCAAGAUUCAGGGGAGAAGUUUCUGGCUGGUUCAGAGGGGACACUAGAAAUAUUCAAGGAGCCUGAUGGAGUCCGAUGGUUGAAACCAGGUCUGAGGAAGUAUUACUGUCAGCUCACAAUCGACAAAAACACAAUGAACAGACACCUGAAACUGUCUGAAGACAACAGGAAGGUGACAAAGAUGGAUGAGCCUCAGUUAUAUCCUGACCAUCAAGACAGAUUUGAUUACUGGGAGCAGCUGCUGUGUAGUGAUGGUCUUACUGGUCGCUGUUACUGGGAGGUCAAGUGGAAAGGAAGAGUUAAUAUAUCAGUGAGUUACAGAAGAAUCCGGAGGAAAGGAAACAUUAUGGACUGUGGGUUUGGAAUGAAUGCUCAUUCCUGGAGUCUGAGAUGUUUUGAUGAUAAAGGUUAUUCUGUCUGUCAUGAUAAGGAGGAAACAUCCCUCAUCUCCUCCUCCUUUUCCUCCGCCUCCUCCUCUGUCUCUAACAGAGUAGCAGUGUAUGUGGACUGUCCUGCUGGCAUUCUAUCCUUCUACAGAGUCUCCUCUGACUCACUGAUCCACCUCUUCACCUUCAACACCACAUUCACUGAACCACUUUAUCCUGGAUUCUUCCUCUGGCCUGGUUCUGGUUCUGGUUCCUCUGUGUUUCUGUGUUGAGUCUAAAGAGUCUCCUCCUGUCAGAGAAACUCUCUCACUGUUGAACAUAUAGUUUGCUCUCUACAUGUCUGCCUCUUUCACUUAAAAUCAUUUUCUCAUUCUGUCAGUUUCCUUUCUGAAACUCCUGAAAGAGAUUGUGUGUAAACUUCAUCAUCUUCUAGUCAUUUAAAUGGGUCAUAGAAUGAUUCUAUAAGGUAUUAGGUGCUGGUGCUUAAGGUCUUUGAAUAGGGUGUGUAACAUCGCCGGGUCUGCGGACGGAGGCAGGGAGCCAUAGGGGAGCAGCCGAAGCCAACCCGAUGAAGGUAGCCGGCGGCCCCAUGCAGUCGACACUUCAUACCCAUGCCUUUAGGGUCGGAACAGCCCCUUGUUUCAGUAAAAGAAGUUUAGUAAAUCCUGCUUUGAUCUGUCCAACAUUUUGAAAUCUGUCUUUAGUAAAAUGUUUAGAGC